AUGUGGCACGAGGAGCUUCAGCUGCAAGAUGACACAGAAAAUAACAGACUUUUCCUCAGUUUUGCAAAGCGAUCCAGGGAAGUGCAGCGGCGCGACACGUUCACUGCGCGUGCACCUGCCCGACAUCUUCAUCGCUCGUCAUCAUCAUCAUCAUCAUCCAUCUCCUCUCAGUAUGGUGAGGAGUUUUGGGAGAAAAUUCUCAGCUAUCCAAGCACGAAGGCGACACAGUAUGAUCUGUGCUGUGGAGAUCCGUUGACCGGGUUCUCCAGAGAACCUGCUGAGAUGGUGUGGACAGGAGUGAGAGGAGUGAAGAAUAAGAACCUCUCUGUGAACACUCUGCCAUCUCCGGCUCAGCUGAUGGGCAGAAGGAAGAAGGGAAGAGGACGAGUGAUGGGAGGAGACGCAGCACAGAGACAAGCAGCUGCAGUCACACAGCACAUCGAAGAGCUGAGAAGGAAACAGAGUGCCAUAGAGCAGAUGAAGGAGGAUAAGCAGUGGGGCUCGAUGCUAGAUUACAAUUCAGAGAACAGCUGCUCUUAUGAUGUCGGGACUCUGACUUCUCCCGAGACUCUGUGGAGUUCAGACCUGUCUCACUACACUUCACCAAGUCCAACACACCUGAACACCGUCACCGUUAAGCCACAGGUGUUUGGUGGCUGUAAAGAGAUGAUGGAUCUCAUACCUGGUGGAAACCCCAUGAUGUCAUUUGUGGUAACCGGAACAGCACACAGAGAGGCUGAGGGGAGCUGGGACUCAUCCUGUCUGGACCUGGCGUAUGUAGACACGCCCACAUUGGACACGCCUUAUCUACACACACCGUGUCCAUCUCACACAAAAUUCUGGGACUUCCCUUCCAUUAUCUAAAAUUACAACGUUUUUGCCUAUUCAUGAAUUUAUAUAUUGAACGUUCUUCUUUUCUUCAGAGAUUUGAAUUCUGAUUGUUUAUCAUUUUUUAUUUUCACGUUUAUCACCUGACGUUUCAUCGGCAAUCAUUAGUGUUUCCUGUUUGUUUUGAACCUCUGUUUUGUGUUUGCAGGCAUGUUGAGCUCUGUUCUGUUGUUAAACCUGUGCAUUAAGGAUAAGUUUUAUGAUUUAGAACAAGUUCUACAUUAAAUCAAUACGAUAUUAAACACGUUGAUGUUAAACACAAUACAAUAUAAUAUUAA